GGAAGAAAACAAAGAGAAGAAAAGAUGAUAACCGCAUCUGAUUUCUACAAGGUGAUGUGUGCAAUGGUUCCAUUGUACUUCGCAAUGUUUGUGGCGUACGGUUCAGUAAAAUGGUGGAGAAUAUUCACGCCGGAGCAGUGUUCCGGUAUCAACCGGUUUGUUGCCGUUUUCGCAGUCCCCGUUCUGUCUUUCCAUUUCAUAGCUCAAAACAAUCCCUACCAAAUGGACACCAAAUUCAUAUUGGCAGAUACCUUCUCCAAGGUCUUAGUCCUUUUCUGUCUCUCCAUCUGGGCCAUCUUCUUCCACGGCGGACUCGACUGGCUCAUCACUCUCUUCUCCGUCUCCACUCUGCCCAAUACACUUGUCAUGGGCAUUCCAUUGCUCAAGGCCAUGUAUGGAGACUUCACUCAAAGUCUCAUGGUGCAAGUUGUUGUUCUUCAAUGCAUUAUAUGGUACACGCUGUUGUUAUUCCUCUUCGAAUACAGAGCGGCCACAGUCUUGAUAAAAACUCAAUUCCCUGGCCCUGCUGCUGCCUCCAUUGCCAAAAUUGAGCUCGACAAUGACGUCAUCUCUCUAGAUGGCCGGGAUACACUUCGGACGGAAUCCGAGACCGACGGGAAUGGCCGCAUUCGAGUCCGUAUCAGGAGGUCGACGUCUUCCGCUCCCGACUCUGCUCUGUCCUCCUCCAUAUGCCUUACUCCAAGAGCAUCAAACCUCUCCAACGCAGAAAUCUUCUCGGUCCACACUCCUGCUCCGUUUCACGACUACCAACAAGGACCAAAGUCACCAAACAACGAUAUCGUGUUUUGCAAUGGGGAUUUGGGAUUCGGAUACCGAGCCGCCAGCCCGCGUUUGUCUGGCUACGCCUCGUCGGAUGCCUACUCUCUACAGCCGACCCCGAGGGCGUCGAAUUUUAAUGAAAUGGAUGGGAUUGCAUCGCCAGCAGGAAACACGCCGAUAUGGAUCAGGUCUCCUGUGGCCGGAAAAGUCUUCCGACAGACGUCACCGGUGGUUCCUGCCGUGAAAAUGGUUUGGGAGUGUCAGGGUGGUCGUGAAAGCACAGGGGACAACAAAGAUGUCCCUGAGAAGGAAAUCAGCUUCAGAGACAACUCCAAAAUAGCAAUGCCAGAGGUUGCAGACGGGAAGGAAGACACAACAGUAACCAAACAAGAAAUGCCAAACGCCCUAGUCAUGCUUAGGCUUAUACUAACUGUGGUUGGAAGGAAGCUCUCUCGCAACCCAAAUACCUACUCAAGUGUCUUAGGCCUACUAUGGUCUCUCAUCUCCUUCAAAUGGCAUGUGGGGAUGCCCAGUUUGGUGAAAAAUUCCAUCAAAAUAAUUUCGGAUGCGGGCCUUGGAAUGGCAAUGUUCAGUUUAGGGUUGUUCAUGGCUCUUCAGCCACGGAUCAUCGCCUGUGGCAAAAAAAAGGCGACAAUGGGAAUGGGGAUCCGCUUCAUGUUCGGCCCUAUAGUCAUGUCUGCGGCAUCAAUUGCUGUUGGCUUAAGAGGAGUGAAGCUACGGGCUGCCAUAGUACAGGCAGCCCUUCCACAAGGGAUAGUACCAUUUGUUUUUGCUAGAGAAUAUGGAUUGCAUCCUGAUAUCCUUAGUACAGGGGUCAUAUUUGGCAUGCUGGUUUCUCUACCAGUUACGCUCCUCUACUACAUACUUUUAGGCAUAUGAAUGUAACAAAGCAAGAAAUGGAAGACCAUAAUAAUAAUAUUGCCCCGAUGUGGUAGGCCCUUGGAGUCGAAAUAGUAUCAUGCCCCUAUUAUUUUCCCUACUAUGUAUAUUCAAUCCGACACUUUAAAGCAUGGUAAAUCUCUGUUGUCGGGUCCAUUACACGCACCUAUCAUGCAAUGUGUCAUUAGCUUGAUCAUUGGUCUUUCCGACACCCUAAAUUUCUCUUGAAGGAGGUUGACUUGAGGAAGAGACUAGAGUAAUGAUCUUAGAAUGUUUGGUAUAAUUAAUAUUAGGUUUUUUCAUGUCACUGGUACAAGGAUCUAUUAGUGGUAACCGAAAGGAGGAAAGGAUUAUCAUGACUUAUGAUUAAGGUAGGAGACUAGUGUUCCUUGUUGGAGGUAGGUAAAGUUUGUUGCAAACAAGCGUGCUUGACUCAAGGAAAAGGAAAUAAUAAAAGGGCAAGACAUGCUUUUGUUUUCUCGUCUUGUUUUCUUUCCUGCAUGAAAUCAAAAAGGCCACUUAUA